AUGUUAUGUCGAACAACUAGACAUAAAGCACUUAAUGGUACAUUUACUGUAGUAAAGGAAUGUAUAAUAGAAAAUGCUCAUUAUGCCACAUUUGAGAGAAAACCACAAAAAACUGAGAUUGACUGUGAUAUUCAAUUAUUAGAAGGGUUUGAAGUUGCUUAUUGUAUAUGUAAUACUUCUCUUUGUAAUUAUCCUUCUAUUGGAGAACAAUUUGCUGAGUUUGAACAAAAAAAUCCAGAAUUGUUUGAUGAUGUCUCUGUUGAAACAACAGAAUUAAUGCCUGAUAUAAAUAAAAAUAAAGAGGAAAUAGAAGAAAAUGAAGAAGAAAAACAAUUAGAAAAUCAAACAACUUUUAAUCCAAAAAUUGAAGAAAUUGGAGAAAGAUCAAAAGAAUUAUUUCCUGUUAAUAAUCAAAAAAUUAGAGAAGAAGAGUUAGGAAAAGAAUUAUUGUCUUCAACAACUAUUGAAACUAUAAAGAGAGAAGAAGAUUUUAUAAAUAAUGAAUGGAAUAAUGAAGAAAAUGAAAAAGAAGAAAUAAUAAAACAAAAUAAUUUAUUAACAACCCCAAAAAUUUCAACAAAAUUAUUUACAAAAAAUUUAAUUAUAGAAAGGCCCAAACAACAAAGCCUUGAAGUUGAUAAUACACCUUUAAAUGGGGAUAUUUUGGCAUCUGGAGCUCAAUUGGGGUUAUUGCCAGAAUUACAAUGUAUGCAAUGUAAAGAAGAAACAAAUAAUACAAAAAUAAAUGCAGAAUGUCAUUCCCAAAUAGUUGUUAGUUGUCCAGAUUUAAGUAAACAAAUAAAUGGAAUUGGCAGACCUUUUUGUAUAACUAGACAUUUUUGGAUUGAACCGGGAGGUAAUUUAACAAUAGAAAAGAAUUGUUUGACAGAAAGAAAAAUACUUGAGGAAUAUGGAAGUUAUAAAACUGUUGAUUUAUUGAAUGGGGCAAAUAGGGAUGAGGCAGCUUGUUUAGAUUUUAGGCCGUCUUUGUCCGGUCAACAACAAAGACUUUGUGUUUGUUCUUCUCCUCAAUGCAAUAAAGUAUCUCUUUCUGAGCAGAUGUCUUUUGGAAUUCGUAAAAUAGCUGAACUUGAUGAAAUAGAAAAUAAACAAAAAACAAAUAAAAUACAAACAAUUAAAACAACAGAAAAAAUAAAAGAAACAACAGAAAUACCUUUAGAGGAAGAAAUAAUCGAAGCUUUAAAUUGUGCUGUUUGUGUAGAUAAUGAAUUGAAUGAUGCAAAUGCUGAUUGUCGAACUGUUAGAACAAUUAAUUGUGCUAAACAAUUAACUAACAAUGAAAAACAAUAUUGUAUAACAAGACAAACACAAAACAGUAAAGGUUUUAAAUUAAUUGAAAAAAAAUUUUCUUUUCAAAAUUUUUCUAAAGAUUCUUUUAUUGUUGAGAAGGGUUGUAUGUCAAAAACUCAAUUCUCAUUACUUUUUCCUGAUGAAAUUUCCGAACAAAAUAUUGGAAAUGAAUUACUUUUAGGUUGUGCAUCUACACAUAAUGGUUUUGUUAAUUAUUGUAUUUGUGAUAGCCAAAUGUGUAAUAGAUAUGGAAUUGCUCAACAAGCAGAAACUAGUAGAAGGUGA